GACGAGCUUGAGAUCGAGGACUUUGCGUGGGACGACGACAAGAAGGUCUUCCACUACCCGUGCCCGUGCGGCGACCGCUUCGAGAUCUCGAGGGCGCAGCUGGCCAAGGGCGAGGAGGUGGCGACUUGCCCGAGCUGCAGUCUCCUCGUGCGCGUCGUGUACGACAUG